UUUUCUUCUUGUGAAGGCAUCAUUUUGCAUGAUGCUUCUUUUUUCUGCGUGAACUCCUGAUUCCGGCCCGACUCAGAGCGAGGCGACGUAUAGCUUAUGUCUGCCCCAGGACUCCCAGCUUCCUCGACUCCCAGUGAACAGGGGGGCAACCCGCUGUCCGUUAUCAAUGAAGGGAAUAUAAACGAGCAACAAACAGAAUCUUUGGCAAUUUCUGAAUCGGCGACCGAGACACAUAAUGAACCAGCGGUAGAUGAGGGUAUCCAGAAGGAACAGUCUAGUGAGAUGACCGGGGAGGAUCACAGUGAAUCGCGGAACCCUGCAAAUGACCAGCCAGGUCCGACUGCGGGCGCGAUAGCCAAGGAAGUUGAGCAUACACAGCAAGAGUCGAUUACAGGGAAAAUGAAAGCGCUAUCAGUUUCGACGGAUAUAGACCCUUCUCCACGGGCCGACGCCCAGACACCUCCACCCCCUCCGGAGAAGGAUAACACAUAUCUCAAUGCGAAGCCAACUUCCCCGGUUCCUCCAUUAUCGCCCGCAACUUCUGAAUGGGCCGAAAAAGAGCUACCAAAUGUUCCUGCGGGCGGUGAACUUGAUGAGAAGACAGGCAAUAAUGGCGAGAAGGAUGGGGAUGAAGAGUCGCAGUCGGAGAUACAGAGUAUUAUGGGACAGUUCACAGAUCCGUCACGGAAUAAUGAUCAGGGGGAUAUCAUGUCACCACGGAUGGAGCUGGCGGGACAGUUCCUUGGUAGUUCCAACCAGUUUCCGCCUCGCAAGUCGAGUCUGGAGCAUUUGCAGAUCAAUCCACCAAUAUCUGGAGAUGCAGCGUCGUCUUCGACGGAGGCCCACUCAGGGACGACGAAAAAAGAUAGAAGCACCACUAAUGAGGUACCAGGACUGAGCCGACGUGCGUCAACCUCUACGAUCCCACCACCUCCAGCACCUGAGCCUGAUCAGCCAUUUGACUUUCAUCGAUUUCUGGAACAAUUGCGACAUCGUACCGCGGACCCCGUUGCCAAGUUCCUGCGCUCAUUUCUGAUGGAGUUUGGGAAACGGCAAUGGAUGGUCCAUGAGCAGGUCAAGAUCAUCAGCGACUUCUUGGCGUUCAUCACCAACAAGAUGGCCCAAUGCGAAGUAUGGAGGGGUGUCUCCGAUAGUGAGUUUGAUAAUGCGAAGGAAGGAAUGGAGAAGCUCGUUAUGAAUCGACUGUAUUCUCAGACAUUCUCUCCGAUGAUACCACCGCCGCCCGCUGUCCCACGGACCGCUAGUAGAAGCAAACGGCGAGAACUUGAGAGACGUCACGGUCCCUGGAGGCGGGGUCAACACCAAGAAGAUGUCGAGCGGGAUGAGAUUCUAGCUCAGAAGAUCCGUAUAUACAGUUGGGUGAGGGAAGAACAUCUUGACAUACCCCCUGUCAACCAACAUGGCCGACGGUUUUUAUCCCUGGCCCAGCAAGAACUCUUAAAAAUCAACGGUUAUCGCGCACCUCGAGAUAAAGUCAUUUGCAUUUUGAAUUGCUGCAAGGUCAUAUUCGGUCUACUAAAGAAUACUAAACAGGCCGAUACGUCGGCCGACUCGUUUAUUCCACUAUUAAUAUAUGUUGUGCUGCAGGCCAACCCCUCUCAUCUGAUUUCCAAUAUUCAAUAUAUUCUCCGUUUCCGUAACCAAGACAAGCUUGGUGGGGAGGCAGGCUAUUAUCUAUCUUCAUUGUCUGGCGCUACUCAGUUUAUCGAGACGCUCGACCGGACAAGCUUGACCGUUAGUGACGAAGAGUUCGAGAGAAACGUGGAGGCUGCCGUGUCCGCUAUCGCUGAACAGAACCGCAAAGCAGAGUCUCUGGAAAUGAAGAAAGCCAGCCGAGCAGCUACUACUGGUGGAUCGCAAGCUUCGCCAAGAACUUCCGUGGAAAGCCAGCGUAAUACGGGAGGACGAGAGAGAGCGCAGUCCAGCAGUGACGAAGAUACUGCACCGGUUGCAGGGCUUUUGCGAACGAUCCAGAAGCCCCUAUCGACAAUCGGGAAGAUGUUUUCGGAUGAACCAGAAGAACCACCUGGGCGGUCUCAACAGCCCGCCGUCGCACCCGGGGUGCAAACUGGAGCAAUUCCUCGACUUUCCCCGAGCCUCUAUCAGCCACCCCGUAGCAGUGGAGAGAGUCGUCGAACGGCGGAACAGUCGGCCAAUGCAGCACAGAGAGAGCUGGCUAGAGCACUGGAUGCACAAGAUGCUUCUGCUCGUCAGGCUAGCGUGGAGGAGGCAGAAGCGCAAAGAAUCCAUCUGGUUGAGCACAAUAACGUUGUGGAGACGCUGUCGCACAUGUUUCCAAAUUUAGAUCGAGAUGUCAUCGAUGAUGUCGUCAAGAUCAAAGGGGGGAGGGUGGGGUUGGCCGUCGAUGCAUGCCUCUCUCUCAGUGCAGAGUAGGCUUAUGCCGUAUUGAUAAAUAACAUCUGGUAGGCUUUAGGAGGCUCAUGCGUAGGAAUGAGCUUAAUGAGCAUCUGGUACUUGUGGCAUUCUGAUGUACAUUCGUAUUUUCCGUAUAAUAUAGUAUUCAGCUGCAAGUCUUAGGUAGACACGCGUGCCCGGAGUACAAUAGUAAUAUAAUGACUUUUGAUGGACUGCA